GUCCACCCCGCCAGCCUGCCGGACUCGUCCCUCGCCGCCAGCGUCCCGUUGUGUUGCACCCUGUGCCACGAGCGCCUGGAAGACACCCACUUCGUGCAGUGCCCCUCCGUCCCCUCGCACAAGUUCUGCUUCCCCUGCUCCCGGCAGAGCAUCAAGCAGCAGGGAGCCAGCGGGGAGGUGUAUUGUCCCAGCGGGGAGAAGUGUCCCCUGGUCGGCUCCAACGUCCCCUGGGCCUUCAUGCAGGGGGAGAUCGCCACCAUCCUGGCCGGAGACGUGAAAGUGAAAAAGGAGAGGGACUCGUGACCUGCCCGCGCUCGCCGCCCGACGUCACCUUGAACUGCUCGAAUUCUGUAUAUAUCUAUAAAUAUAUAUAUAUAAAUAUAUAUAUAUCUCCAAGACAAGGGAAAUGUAGACUUCAUAAACAUGGCUGUAUAAUUUUGAUUUUUUUGAAUACAUUGUGUUUCUAUAUUUUUUGAAGACGAAAGGUAUGUACUUAUUAUAAAGGCAUUUCUUCUAAUUCUUCUCCCUUUUUGUUUUUGUUUUUUUUUUUUUUCCCUUUUGGUUUUGUUUUUUUCUUUAUUUUUUUUUUCCCCUUUUGUUAAAGCGACUGUUGUGCUUCCCUGGUGACAGUUACUGUUCAAUGUAGGCUGUGACUUGCGCUGCUUUUUUUAGAGAGCACUUGGCAAACCAGAAAUGCUUCUAGCUGUACUUGUAUGCACUUGUUUCUUUUUUUUUUCCCCCCUGUUUCUUUCUUUUCUUUUUUUUCUUUUUUAAAUGCCAAAUACACUUUCUGACGUUGUAAA